AUGUGUCCUCUACGGUAUAUGUUAAAAUCCGCAAAGAAACAAGUGCAGAAAGGUAUACGGAAGCUGGUCGACGAGGGUGAGGAGUGGGCAAAAGGCAAAGCCGAAUGUUUUGAAGGGAAAGUCAGUCACUUCUUUGCUUCGAAUGACUCUGUUAUAGAAUUUAACGAAAACAAAACAGAUACCGAAUUCUUCUCCGAGCGCAUUGUCUACGAAGAUGUCUAUGGCCUAGACACAAUUUCAAACGUUUCAAAAGCAAGCCAGUCAUCUAUCAUCAAGUCUGCAAAAGGAGGAUCCUUCUACAACAUUGAAAAGGGAGAUAUCAUGGAAGAAAUGGUCGACAGCCAAAAGGAAGAACUCCUUGAAAGGAAAGCAAAAAUAAAAAAUGUUACCAAAGUGUAUGACGCUGAAGUUUUCUCUACGACCAGAAAGGCCGUCUUAGGCGUGUUUGUGUUGCUCGAUAUUCUGCUCUUCAUAUAUCGCGGGUCGAAAACAUACCAAAUUGCUUUUAAAUUAAUCGAAGGAUUUGAGGAAAUUGUAAGCCACGACGAGAAUAAAUUUGACGAAAAACAAUCCAAAAUCAAGGAAAGAGCGGAGAAACUUCUUCGAAGGACCUUUGACCUCCUCGCUGAGACGUUUUCAAGGUUUAUAGCGCUCUGUAAGAGUCUUCAGAAACGCAUCAUGCGCACAAAUCUGCUCCCGCUGAUCAUGAUAAUUGCUUUGUCUACAGCUACACUGUACCUUAUCGUCACUUUACUUUAUAAUGUAAUGAAUGUGACCGUUAUAGAAGAACUUGGUGGAUACAAUAUGAUUGCUUCUCGUCUGGACACGGACCUCCGCUUCACAAACCUCGCCAUAGAAGAUCAGGUGGAUUUCACCAAUAACAAUGCACUGGAUCAGUACAAGGAAUCCGUAAGUGCUUCCAUCAGUGAAUACAACAGCAUGAUCUUGGACCUCAACAAGGAACAGCAAGAACGCAUGGAACGACUUAGUAGACAACUCUGUUCCCUGGAGGAUGACCCGAAAAACUGCUUUGGGGAACAAGGAUCUCUUCUGAAUUUUAACUUCCACUCCUGUAUUAUCCCGACACUGGAAGGAACACCUUAUGAGGAUUACGAAAGUGACGCUUACCGCCAGCGAAUUAAGCGCGAAUCAAAACGGUUUGUGGACGCCAUACGAAAUAUAAUAUUGGAGACGGUUUAUUUCAUUCUGGCGGCUGCCUUGUCGAUUUUGAUAAUCACAGCUCUUAACUACGUUGUAUUUCUGUUCUUUAAGGCAAGAGGGAUGGUUCGGUUGAAAAAAGUUCACUUGUAUAAAGCCCUGCCAGCUGAAAUUCUGAAGCAAUUUCAUUUGAAAACAAUGGAGUCGGAAGAUGAACACGAUGGCAGAAACAUACAUGACAAACACGGAGAUCAUCGUAAAGUAACGAUUCCUAAAGUCUUCCUCACGGCUUCAACAGAAAGCAUCAAUAGUUCGCGAGAAUCUGUCCAAACCUGCUAA